GGGGCGGGCGGCGGGAGGGGCCGGACCGGGUAGGGCCCGGAGGGCGGCGGCGGCGGCGGAGCGGGCGGCAUGGGUCCUCGCCGCCGGCUUCGCUGAGACGCGCUCGCGUGGGCUGCCCUCCCGGGCCCGCAGUGGUCGCGGCGGCAUGAAGGGCGCCCUGGGGAGCCCCGUGGCCGCCGCCGGCGCCGCGAUGCAGGAGAGUUUCGGCUGCGUGGUGGCCAACCGCUUCCAUCAGCUGCUGGACGACGAGUCGGACCCGUUCGACAUCCUGCGCGAGGCCGAGCGCCGGCGCCAGCAGCAGCUGCAGCGCAAGAGGCGCGACGAGGCGGCGGCGGCGGCGGCCCGGGCCGGUCCCCGCGGCGGCAGGAGCCCGGCCGGGGCCUCGGGCCCCAGAGCCGGCGCGGGCGGCCGGAGGGAGUCGCAGAAGGAGCGCAAGAGCCUCCCGGCGCCCGUCGCUCAGCGGCCCGACAGCCCCGGGGGCGGCCUGCAGGCGCCGGGUCAGAAGCGGACUCCUAGAAGAGGGGACCAGCAAGGAUGGAAUGACAGCCGUGGGCCAGAGGGGAUGCUUGAAAGAGCUGAGCGGAGACCCUACAGGGAGUACCGACCCUAUGAGACCGAGAGGCAGGCGGACUUCACAGCUGAGAAGUUUCCAGAUGAAAAACCAGGUGAUAGGUUUGAUCGAGACAGACCGCUGAGAGGACGUGGAGGCCCGAGAGGGGGUAUGCGCGGCAGAGGCAGAGGUGGCCCCGGCAACAGAGUUUUUGACGCUUUUGACCAGAGAGGGAAGCGAGAAUUUGAAAGAUACAGUGGGAAUGACAAAAUAGCAGUCAGAACUGAAGACAACAUGGGUGGAUGUGGAGUUCGAACCUGGGGAUCAGGCAAAGAUACCAGUGACGUGGAGCCGACUGCACUGAUGGAGGAACCCACAGUGGUGGAGGAGGCCCAGGGCGCCCCGGAAGAGGAGUCUCCAGCCAAAAUUCCUGAGUUGGAGGUAGAAGAAGAAACCCAAGUUCAAGAGAUGACUUUAGAUGAAUGGAAAAAUCUUCAAGAACAGACCAGACCAAAGCCUGAGUUUAACAUCCGGAAACCAGAAUCCACUGUUCCUUCCAAAGCAGUGGUGAUUCACAAGUCAAAAUAUAGAGAUGAUAUGGUAAAAGAUGACUAUGAGGACGAUUCCCAUGUUUUCCGGAAACCCGCCAAUGACAUCACAUCCCAGCUGGAGAUUAAUUUUGGCAACCUCCCUCGUCCCGGGCGCGGAGCCAGAGGAGGCACCCGGGGAGGCCGGGGAAGGAUCAGGAGGGCAGAGAACUACGGACCCAGAGCAGAAGUGGUGAUGCAAGAUGUCGCCCCCAACCCGGAUGACCCUGAAGACUUCCCUGCGUUGUCUUGAAAGCGCCCGUAUCGCAGCACCGCGGAGCUGCACCCGUGGAGACUUUUCCAGCUGGGCCGAGAGAGUCAGAGUCUGAGAACAAUAGAUGUUGCUUUUCCCAUGUUGUGUGAAUUUGUCGCACUUUUUCGGGCUGGGCUGUUAGAGGGGCUUCUCCAGAGGCUUGAGAGCAGGCCCUUUCCCCAGCAGGUGAAGAAUGGUGACUGUGUUUACUGAAGGAAUUUCAGAUGAAGUCCAGGAAUAAUGUUUACACUGUGCGCAUAAGAGAUAGUAUAGACCCCUCGGCGCGAGCGCGGAGGGAAAGGAGGUCGGCAGACAGACUCUGUGCAGACUCUUAGGAAGCCGUAGAUUCCCGGAGGCUGUGCCUUUAGCGUUAGAGGAAACACACAGGACCGGAACUGUUCAUGGAAAGCAGUCACAGCUGAGAUUUCAGAGACCAAGAAAUUAAACUACAAUUGUACUUACUGUUUACUGGUAAAUGUUAUCUACUCUCCUGGGAUAUUUUCCUUUCUGGUUUUCACUUAACCAGUCAUUUAAAAAUCGCUAUCGUGUAGCCACUGGCCACCACUCUGUGACACAGAAUCUGAGAACGUGUUGAUUUUUCAUUGUGAUUUAAACUACCUCCUGGUUUCUGUGUGUGCGCGCACACACAGCUAGUGUUUGGGUGGUUUCUAGGAAGAAGAUUAAGUCUAUGACUUUAAAAACCAUGUUAUUCAACCUGCCAGUCAAAUGGAAAGGGAUCGUGGCAAAAGCAAAUAUCGCAUCCUUUUCUUCCGCAGCAGCAGAGUCAGGUCGGCAGCUGUGUGCAAAGGCCUCCGCCUUCAGCUCGGGCACUGUUGUAGAUAACUGGUAUUUAUUAAGCACUGUGAGCAGUUUUCCUCAGUCCUGGCCCCAGUUCUAGAGCUCCUCUUUAUGACUUUUGGUGAAAGUUUGGGGUUGGGGGUACACCUCAGAGGUUCAGUAGUUCACCCACCUGAAGUCCCACGCUGAACAGAGCUGGACCCAGAGCCACACGCCCAAAAGCACACACUGUGCUGGGGAGGAAGGAGGCCUAGGAGGGCCUGCAGGUCCAGGCAGCUGUAGAGCUGCUAGAAGCUGGGGUGUUGCUCUCCCUGCUUUCUCAUAGACACCACAGGUACUGUCUGCCUGUUGUCACACAGUUCAUAUGCUCGCUUGAGAUGGAAUCUGAACCUCGGUCCCAGGAUCUGUGCUUUUUCUCACUUUGCGACACUAUCUAAGGUGGCUUUGAACUGGAAGCCAAGUGCAAAUAAAGGUUGGUAUUCGCUCCUGACUUUGUGUAGAGAAAACAGUCCUUUGGUUACUCUCAGGCCACAGCAGUCAGUCAGGAUUUUGUUGAGUAAUCAAAGCUGAAUCCGUACACGGUAGGGUCAGUUAAGGAUGUUUGCUUUGGGUGACAGCCUACUUUUGGUCUCUUAUUAAAUUAUUAUCUGAGUA